AUGAGCAAGACAUCCACCCUCGCGAGGGUGAGGAACAAGCUCUUGUCCAGACGCCAGAUCGAAGGCAUGAUUGCGGACAACCAGCUCAUAGUCAUCGUCGACGAUAAAGUGCUCAAACUCGAUGCGUGGGUAAAGUUCCAUCCUGGUGGUGAGCUCGCCAUCCAGCACAUGGUAGGCAAAGAUGCCACAGAUGAAGUGAACGCGCUACAUUCACCAGAGGCACGCCAACGCAUGCAUAAAUUCCAGAUCGGUCGCAUUGAGGGACGAUGGAAGAACUUCAUCCCUCCUAUCCAAAACGGAGAGUUUCGUCCGUACAUCGAAGAAGAAGACGAGCGUCCCUCAACUCCCGUAUCCAGCUCAGAAUCAUCAGCCCCACCUUCUCCCAUUUUCGACACCAAGCUAGACACACUCGGUUUGACACGGAGACUAUCAACGUCAACUAUUUCAUCUGCUGUCAGCUCUAUCCCUCCCAUGGACAUAAAAGGACGCACAUUUGUGGUAGACGCUCGUACGCAGGAGGAGAUCGAACUGGACGAAUCCAAGUACCCUUCUCUUGAUAUUGAAGAUCAGGCGAAUAUCGCUCAAAAAUACCGUGAACUCAACGAGCGCAUUCGUGCAGCUGGGCUUUACAACUGCAACUACACCGCAUAUGCUAUUGAAAUUUGUCGCUACUCUCUCUUCUUUGGUCUCUUCCUUUUCUUCUUGAAGAAUUCUUGGUUCUGCUUGUCUGGCUUUUUCUUGGGCUGCUUCUGGCAUCAACUCGUCUUCUCUGCCCACGAUGCUGGUCACAUGGGUAUUACUCACGAUUUCCAGACUGAUACUGUCAUUGGAAUGAUAAUCGCCGAUUACCUCGGAGGACUCAGUCUUGGAUGGUGGAAGCGAAGCCACAACGUUCACCACAUUGUUACCAAUGCUCCAGAGCACGACCCCGAUAUUGAACUUAUGCCUUUCUUCGCCCUUUCGCACCGUUUUUUCGACAGCUUGCGCAGCACAUACCACAAUCGCGUCAUGGAGUACGACGCCGUGGCGAAAUUCACAGUCAAAUACCAACACUACAUGUACUACCCGAUUCUCCUCUUCGGUCGCUUCAACCUCUACUUUUUGAGUUGGGAACACAUUUACCUCGGACUUGGUCCUCGACAUGGCGCUGGUUGGUGGCACCGAUGGUUCGAACUAGCCGGCCAAAUCUUCUUCUGGAUCUGGUUCGGCUACGGCGUUGUCUGGCUCAGUAUUCCAUCCUGGUGGAGUCGGGUCGCUUUCGUCCUGAUUUCUCACAUGGUCACUGCGCCACUUCAUGUGCAAAUUACCCUUUCGCACUACGCCAUGUCCACUGCCGAUCUUGGUCCCCAGGAAUCUUUCCCCCAACGGAUGCUGCGUACAACAAUGGACGUCGAUUGCCCCGCCUGGUUGGACUUUUUCCAUGGUGGACUUCAAUUCCAGGCCAUUCACCACUUAUACCCUCGCAUUCCUCGCCACAAUCUGCGCAAGACACAACAAUUUGUUAAGGAAUUUUGUGAAGAUGUGAAGAUCCCGUAUGCUGUUUUUACUUUCUAUAAUGGCAACAAAGAAGUUAUCACUCGAUUGGGUGAUAUUGCUAAGCAGGCGAGAAUCUUGCAGGAGUGUCAGAAGGCAUGCGCGGAACAAGGUGUUUUCGCUGACCACCUUCAUUCGCACUGA